GAUUGUUGUGUAUUUCAGGCUGGACCAGGACUCGUUACUCUUUUUACUGGACGGCCAGUAGAGGAAGUUCGUUUUUAUAAGUGUUUUUUUCGGGGGGAGAGAACAAGAUACCUGAGUGAAAAUGGAUUCUCAGUUUGCUCACCUGCGCCAGCGGGACACCAGUGUGUCGAUGCUGAGGGUGAAAAUGUCCCGCAGGAGGUCUCGGUCCCAGAAGGAAAACCGAGAACGGGUCGUAAACACCCGCAGGCAGCUGGCCGAGCUCCCAGAGCUGGAAAUGUCUUCCCUGGAUGCCUCAAUUGCUACGGCCAGCAUGUCAACCAUUCAGGAGAAGACAUUGAACAAUGCCAAAUCUGCUCAAAACGUGGCUGUAGAAGAGAGGUUGAAACAGCUUGGGCGCUGGAAAGAGCGCAAGGCUCUGGAGAAAGAGAAGGAAAAGAGGGAAAGGGAGCGUAAAGGGGUGUUCAAGACCGGCAUGUAUCAUCCGAAAGACACCCUUAACAUUCCCUCACUGCCUGGAGUCCCAGCUGCCUCAACCAGAGCAAAGGAGACCAAAGCAAACACGGCGUCAUCCCAGAGUUCCAGAGUCACUCGUUCUAUGAAGCAGCAGCAGCAAGUUGAGAGGCCUCUGAAGAUGCAGGUUCCAAAUGCUGCGGGGAAAAAAGCUCAACCUGCUGUGGACCGAUCCACCAGGAGCCGGGUCGCUGCGCCUGCUAUUUCCAAGAUUAAAGUUUCUGCAGUGGAGCCUGUCGUCCGAGCUUUGAGGACCAGAGUGGCCAACAGGCCUCCCGUUACAGCGGCUCCUGUGGUGAAAGACAACCCGAUGGAUGUAAGAAACACAAGAAGCAGAGCGUUCGUCAACCACGUGGCCCCCUUUUCAUACAGAGAAAACAACUGUAACGCAGCUUCCAACAGCACUGAUGAGCCUGUCGUGGCCAUGAAGACUGAGAUGCUGGAGCCAGAGGAAACACCUUGUCCCCCCAGCCCGGCACCCUGCUCUGAAGAGACAAACAUGGCGGUGGACCAAACUCCGACCGACUCUGUCCCUGUUGUGGAUCCCGUUGAAGCGUCGUCCUCUUUAUCUUCUUUUGCUCCACAAGGUUUUAUAUUCCAAGCUCCCACUGGCUUGUCCUCCUUCAAGUUCGAGCCUCUCACCCCUCGCUCAGCAGACGCCUUCCUCACACCGAGCCCCAGCUUCAGUAUUCCAGAGGUCCCCGCUUUCAACAUUGAGCCUCAGGCUGAGCCAAGUGAACCCUCUCCCCCAAAAUCCCCUCGCCGCUCUCCUCCCCACACAGCUCCCACAAUGGCCCCUCCCACUCCAGGCAGCCCCCUGGAAUCCAAGCACGACGUACAAUACUUCAGAUCUGUAAUUGCCAAUGAGACAGAUGGACUGAUGACUCUGUGUGUCCAAUGGGAGUCUAAAGUGGAUGAUGAGUCCAUCCCAGAAGAGAUGAGAGACCAGAUGCGUACAGCUGUGGGCCAAGCGAGGCUGUUGAUGAAGGAGCGCUUUAAACAGUUCGGCGGUCUGGUGGACGACUGCGAGCUGGGCCGGGGGGAGAAGAUCACCACCUGCACUGACCUGCGGGGAUUCUGGGACAUGGUGUAUUACCAGGUCGAGGAUGUCCACAAGAAGUUUGAAGCUCUUAAAGAAGCAGAGAGCCGAGGCUGGGUGGAGGAGCACAAGCCACCGCCACGACAGAAGAAAGUGGUGAAGAAACCACCGGCUGCACCUGCCAAGCCAACGGGAACUAAAGCGGCGGCCAAGUCUCGCCUGGCUGCUGUGAAAGCGGCCAUGAAAGCCAAACAGCAGGCAGAGAAGGCAGCGAAAGAUGCUGGCAGUAAUGACAACCCCAGCAUGAACUCUGAGGAACCGCAGUCCCAAGCCGAGCCCCAACCGACGGUGGUCUUUGACGGAGGCUUCUUCCAGGUGGAGAGCCCAGCCAGACCAUCGGGUUCGGUGAGGAGACCCAGCUGUCUGAUUGCUGCCGUGCUGCCUCAGGCCUCUCCGUGCUCCAACUACCUCACCCCUAGAAGAGUCACUCGGCGAUCCCUUGCACUGGCACAGACCCCCCUUCACACCAUCACCUCUCCCGCUCAGCCCGUCCACACUCUUGCCCUCGACCAAACCCCAGCACAAGCACCGAAGUCUCGACGUGGCACUCCGCAGUCAUCCCAGAACAGAAAGGACACUGUAAACGUCUCCCUUUGUUUCUCACAAGUGCUUUCAGACGACACCCAGCCUGAGGGAAGUCCUGCGCACCAAGAAAUGGUCGCCACGCAGGCAAACGCUGCUUCUGAAUUGAGCAAGCCCGCAACCGUGCAUUCAAUUCCAUUCAUUAAUGUCGUCGAGGAGCAAGGCGAACCAGCUGAAGCCGUCGACCUCCCUCGCUCUCCAUGCAAAAUAACUCCAACUGUGCCCCAGUCCCCUGAGCCCUCAUCAUCCCUGAGUUUCACGUUGUCACCCUGUGUGACUCCCAGCCAGCCUCCCAUCUCCUCCCCUCCUGCUGUGCAGGGUCUUCUGGAGGCCCACGGGUCUGUGUGUCUUACACCAGACAUCUCUGUUGUUCAGGAAAUUCCUGGGUUGGACUUUGAGCGUUACCUCCAGCCGUCACAGAGAUGCAGCCUGUCACCGUGGGAGGUUUUGUCCCCCGUGGUGGUGGAUGUAGAGAUGGAGAGUCCUAGCGCUCAGACAGAGGACCUGCUUACUCUGCAAGAACCAGCACAUCCAGCGGUGCGUUCAGCUUUGAAUCUUCAGUCACCACAGUCCCAGACAGCCGAGUCUGCCAUGCUCCUCUACACCCCGGAGCUGAAGGACCGGAUACGCCAGUCUGUCUGGCCAAGUGACCUCAUGGUCUUCACACCUCCGCUCUGAUAUGUAGCCUAGAGAUUGUCUUGUGCUUUUAGUUUUUGCAUAUAUUAACUACUUUUUUUUACUCUGAUUGGAAAAGAAAAAUCUUUGAGUGAUUCUGACUUUUAUAUGGAAAAUAGUAUUGUUAUACAAUUAAAGUUAUAUUUACAACAAA